AUGAGGAGCUUCGUCUUGAUAACAGCUUUGAUUUUCUGCAGCCUCAGAUGGAUCUUUAUCUCUGGCUCUGAGAUUCACACUAUGAAGGUCCAGAAUGGCGAAGACGUCACACUGCAGUGCUCCAACAUUUCCACAAGUCCAACACAUACAGAGUGGUUCAGAGUGGUCAACAAGACUAAAACGAGCUGCAUCUCCUCCAUGUUUGGGUCUCAUGGCCAAGCUUCUUUCUGUGAUGGAUUUCAAAAUGGAAAAUUCAAUAUGAGUUCGAAUGUCACUUCUGUCUUUCUUAAAAUAACAGAAGUGAGUUUAUCUGAUGCUGGGCUGUAUUUCUGUGGAUUUUACGUGGAUGUGCAUAUUAUUAUUUCCAAUGCAGUAGAGUUAAGAUUUGAAGGUGGUGAAACAUAUGAUGAAGAAUUUAAGACUGAAAGUAAGAUUAUAGAGUCUGAUAAAAUGAUACACCUGAUGAACAUCAUCCCAGGUGGUCUGACUGGUUUACUCAUUAUACUGGUCAUCAUUCUGGUUUUAAAAAUCAGAACACCUCAAACAGAUCCCCAACCAGGAAACAUCAAGAAUAAGAGUUUAGAUGACCUGAACUACGCAGCUAUGAGUUUCCAGACAAAACUCAAAAGAAGUCGCAGGCCUGCGACACACAGAGUGCUGGAGUCUCAUGUUGUGUAUGCUGCAACACGGUAG